ACGCUUUGUGGUAUGCCUCAGGACCAUCAAUCUGUGCCCUCCAGAGUCCAGUUGCUCUACUUGCCUUGGCUUCGGAAAUUCAUAACAGCGUGGACCAUCAUGAUCAUUCGGCCUUGUUGAAUCUGUUUUGCUUUGUCCUCGACGUCCUGGAACGGACGCAUUCGCUGCGAGAACAAAGGCAGUACCUGUAACUGCUAUCACGAUGUCAUAUUCCACCGACUUCAAGAUGCAGCUUCUUGUACUCGAGACACUAAACGGUAUAUGGAGUUCAAGUUACUCGGGAUAUUGGACCAAGAUACAUGUACUAUCACUUUAUCAGGAUGUUCAUGUUCCAGGUUCUGCCUUUGAAUUGCUUUGUUAGAGUGGGUCCACGCACUCAUUUCGACCGGUCACGUUUUCACCCCUUGCGUGAACCGUUGCUCCGAAGAUCUGUCCAUCAAGUUCAAAGAACAGUUGCUCAACUUUUAGAUUAAUGUCUGAAAUCCAGUCACUCAAGCACCAGCUACCGAAAGGCUAUGUUAUUCUCCCCAAGGGGGAUAGGUACUUGAGCCUUCAUUGUCGUAAACAGUCAUUAGAGCUGGGAAAGGACAUCUACAUUAUCACCGAUAGAAAAGGAGUUCGACAGGGCCUAGGAGUUCCGCAUCAUGUCCUUAAGGAGGUGGAAGCCCUUGCAAAAGCCACCGCGCAGUCACGUCUCGACGCUGUCAUCCAAAAAGAUCGAAGGCUGAUUACAACAGCACGAUUGAUGGUCGAGAAAUUGUAUCCCAAAAUGCCGGCAGACGAGGUGCAAACCUGUCUUAAUCACGCAUUCCACAAAGGAUCCGGUCGGGUUGGUCGGAGCACCACCCUUCGAGGCGAUUCAAGCGAAAAGCUCAAAUUCAAAGUCUGUCUCGCCGUGGCUGCUUAUAUCCGACAUGAGCAUACUCUGUAUGAUUCUCUACUUUGCCAUGGUAUUCUACGGGAGGAAGCUCGACAACAGGUUGAAGGCGACAUGAAUGAAGUGCUACUUCGAUGGAGAAGUGAAUCGAAGGAGCCGACGGUGGAGCGAAAAGUAAAGUCCGCGGCGAAGACAAUACAAAAGCCCAAAGCACUCACGACGAGACCUCGUAUCCGACCGAAAUCGAAGCCCAAUUUACGGAGAAACCGCAAGUUGUGAAUCAGGAACUGCCGUCUAACCGAUGGUUCAUGAUAGUUUUUCGCUUAUGCAGCCAUUUCAUGUUCCAAGUCAAGUCCCUGUUACCCAUCUCUCGCUCAUAU